ACUCUCUCUGACUACGGGCCGAUCGAUCGUACUCGACAAGCACAGUAACAUAUAGCGGGAAUCCUCAACAUCGAAAUGACCGAAGUCGCGAAACCCGUACAGCUCGAAUCGGCUUCGGAAGAGCCUUACUCAAAGGAAGACAUCGCCAAGUUGAUCGCCGAGCUCAACGACCGUCCCUUUCACAUCCAAGCGAUCAAGACCAAGUUUCUCGAUGCUACCCUCAAGGAUUCGACGGUCGGGACGAGCGGGGGCAUGAUGGACGCUACGAACCCUAUCAAGGUGCAAUGGGAGGUCAAUCCUCAGAAGGACUUUUUCCGUAAACUGAAAUUCAAAUACCUCGAACAAGAAGCCAAAUCAGAGUUUACCCAUUCGAUCGUCGGCGAGACUCCAAGGGUGUUGGCACCUCGGGAGAAUGACAAGCUCGAAAUAUCAAACGCCUCAAAGAAGGCACAACUCAAACAGGUAAAGGCGGACCUGGAAGGUUUGACGAAAGAGAACGAAGCGUUAGGCAGAGACGUUUCUGCUUCCUACGCGGAGAUGGUCAAAGAGACUAAAGAAGUAUCGGACUUGGACAAGGAGAUCAGAGAGUUGGAGCUGGAGUUCGCGAGGCUACGUAGCAAAUACCCUCUCGAGGAUCGAAUAACCAUCGAACAAGCCGAGACGAUCCUUGACAAUCAGAUCUCCGACAUGCAGAACAUGGCCGAGGACCAAAAGGCCGUCUCUUCUCAGGUAGAGGCAGCCAGCGCAGAGUUGGCACGUACUGCCAAAGAGGUCCAGAGGAUGGGUAGGGAGAGGGACAGGGAGGAGGCCAAAGCGAGGGAAGCGAGGGAAGGGGCUGAGAAGGGCGAUAGGGGAGUGGACGAGUUGUGCAGGUGGUACACCUCGGCAAUCUCGGUUUACAAGGGUCUCAACGGGGUAAAGAGCAUGCAGCCCUUGUCCGAUACCGACAUCUUGCUCGAAUACAUUCUCGCGCCCGGGUCGAGAGGGAGGGAAGAGUUGACCGACGGGGCAGAUGCUGUGAAGAUCGUGCUUUCGUAUGACCCGGAAACGAAGACGUUGGCUCGCGCCAAGCUGUUGAACCAUAUCGCCGAUAUCGAGGAGAGCGUCGCCGUGGCCGUGUCGAGAAAUGACGUUCCAGGUUUGAUCGCCGACAUACUCGCUCGACUUCGAUCGCCAUGAAAGCUAUGGUUUUUCGCUUGGCUUCUGCGAUCUUUUUUCCCUUUAUAUUCCUUAUUUCGAUUUCAUCUCCAUAAUACGUCCUUUGUAUCAAUGCUACAUUUCUGCAGUUGUACCCCUAUAUCAUUUCGAUUAACCCGAA